AUUGGCUCGGCUGUGUCACGUCCCUCCCUGCGGAAGUGCGGACAUUUCCAUUUGGGCUUGGUGGUCGCGGUCGUUGUCUUUGACCCAACCUGUCCCGCUUUCUUUUGUCUCCCGUAAAAUGAUACGCCGAACUGGGUUACUAAAGGGGAAUGCGAACGGGCAUUUCCCACCCUGCCUGCACAAUUUCUGAUAGAGCCUCAGCCUUUGCCUCUCUAUUAUAUUGGAUUCAAGAGCUCAAGCCUGGGACAAUGGUGUGCAUUCCUUGUAUCGUCAUUCCAGUUCUGCUCUGGGUCUACAAAAAGUUCCUGGAGCCAUACAUAUACCCCCUGAUUUCCCCCUUUGUUAGUCGUAUAUGGCCUAGAAAAGUUAGAGAAUCCAAUGAUAAAACUCAAGGGAAAGUGGACUUUAAGGAUGCAGACAUAAAUGGAUUACCAUCAAAAGGACCAACAGAAAUCUCUGAUAAAAAGAAAGACUAAAGUGAUUGUCCCCAAGGACCUCAUUGUUUUCAAAAUGGACCUGAUAACCUGAAGCACCUUCUUUGUAAUUGUCUCUGACCUUUUUCUCUUAGACCAGAAUUCGGGAUAGAUAGUUGAGAUAUUUACCUGACACUAAUCAGGAAAUUCAUGGUAUUUAUAUUUAAAAUGUAUUUAGUUGUAUUUAAUUAUCUCAUUUCUGAGUUCCCGUUUCAUUAAAGUAGCUUUCAUUUCUAUUAUUGCAAUUUUAAUAAUAUGAUAAAUAGAAGGUUUGUGCCAGUGGACACUGUUACUAAAUCAGUACCUGACUAUCCUCAGGCCUCUCGCUUUUGUUCAGGCCCUUCGAAUUGGAGCCGAGUACAUUUUUACUGUGAACAGUGUGGUGAGACUGUGCAAUGAGAUGAAAGAGACUUUUUGGAGGUGAUAAGACUUGAAACAUAAAGUUAUAAUAACUGCCCAACACAAUGGAGCAGUUUAUGUACACAGCAGUAAUUACUGUUUAGUGCUCUGAGGAAGAUAGCAAAGACAGGGAAAUGGGGAAAUUUCUUUGAAAAAUGGAACACCUUUUAUAUAAAUACGUAUAUUACAAAAUUCUAAUGCUUGUUGCAUUCCUUCUAUUCCUGUAAAAUAUUAAAAUAUUAAAUAUUCAGUUUA